ACCUAUGACCCCCACACUGCGAUUUCAGAUAUUAAAUGUAACGAUGCUAUGAAUAUGCCACGAAGUAGGCGACCAACCAGCAACACUUUUCAAAAAGUAUCCCCAAGUAGGCUGUAGAAUAGCUGUAUGUAGUCAGUGAUUCAAUUGAAAGCAGUUUCAAGUCAAACGUGGAACAAAAAUGGGAGCUUUUAUGAAACUCACCCAGAUUGCAUACGCAACCACACUACUGCUCGUUAUCAUGGCGACUCCAAAGGUCGUCCUGCACUUGGAACUCGGCAAGGAGACCACCACCGCGACCUUUGAAUAUCCAACAGUCGCAGAUGAUUUCAUGGUUGCUUUGGGACUAACCCUGAUGGCGAUGAUACCCAUUCACUUCCUUCCAGAACGCUUCAUGCUUGGCAAUCCGAAACUGGGCCUCAUUGCCGCACUACCCUGGGCCGCAUCGGCGUUGACUAAUUUCAUCUCAAACUUCUCGCUUUACUUCCGGGUCUUUCUACACUUGGCUCGUGGCAACAAGCCGGGGACCAUGUUCUCGGGCAUGAUGAUCUACAUUGGACUAUUUAUCACUGGCAUUGAACAAGUCGAAUGGUGGCUGGAAGUCUACAGCCUCCUUCGCAAGCAGUAUAUCUUAAGCCUCUACUUCCGCUAGUCGAGUUUUGACUCGUGAGCGGCGUUUUCAAGUUUUAUGUUUUUUUCGGAAUAUCGUUCAUAAAAAUGUGUUACUGAUCUCGUUUCUGGAGAGGACAAAAAAAAGAAGAACUCUGGAAUAGAAUGGUCUUGGAAGCUUGUGAAGAAAACAACUACCCAACCAGCUGAAAAUUCCUGAAUUGUUGUAUAAUGCUCUAUCAAGCUAAAUAAAUAAAAAAAAUUGUUUGUUUUUUGGAA